AUGCCGAGAGACGAUUUCGCGAUAUCUGACCGAGUUUGUGUGCUCAUGCCUCUGCAGAAGAUGCACGUGUACAAGAAAACGCUCCAGGCGAUGAUCUACCCAAUAUCCUCGACGACGCCUCACAACUUCGUAACCUGGACCGCCACCUCGCCGACGUACUGCUACGAGUGCGAGGGAUUGCUCUGGGGAAUUGCUCGUCAAGGCGUGCGCUGCAUGGAAUGCGGUGUAAAGUGCCACGAAAAGUGCAAAGAUCUGCUCAAUGCUGACUGCCUGCAGAGGGCCGCGGAGAAAAGUUCCAAGCACGGGGCCGAAGACAAGGCCAACAGCAUCAUAACCGCCAUGAAGGAACGGAUGAAGCAGAGGGAGCUUGAGAAGCCUGAAAUUUUCGAGCUUAUUCGGUCAGUAUUUGGAAUCGACGACAAAGAGCACCAGAAAUAUUUAACCUCAGUGAAGCAAUCAGUGCUGGACGGCACCAGCAAGUGGUCCGCUAAAAUCGCCAUCACAGUCGACCCGGAUACACACAUUGACAGCCUAGAGCAGGCGGAGAUGAUCGUCCUCGAGGGUACCAGCAAGUGGUCGUGCAAGAUCGCCAUCACAGUUAUCUCCGCGCAAGGACUUAUCGCCAAAGAUAAAAGCGGCACUUCGGAUCCUUAUGUCACUGUUCAAGUUGGAAAAGUUAAGAAACGAACGAGAACGAUAACUCAAGAACUGAAUCCUACUUGGAACGAGAAAUUUUAUUUCGAGUGCCACAAUUCAUCAGACCGCAUAAAAGUCCGCGUGUGGGACGAAGACAACGACUUGAAAUCAAAACUGCGGCAGAAACUAACCCGGGAGAGCGAUGACUUCCUGGGACAGACGAUCAUUGAGGUGCGAACCCUCAGCGGAGAAAUGGACGUCUGGUACAACUUGGAAAAGCGAACCGACAAAAGCGCAGUCUCGGGCGCCAUUAGACUCCACAUCAGCGUGGAGAUUAAGGGAGAGGAGAAGGUGGCGCCUUACCACGUCCAGUACACCUGUCUCCACGAGAACUUGUUCCACAGCCUUUGCGAGGGAAAUGACGGCAAUGUGAAGCUACCCCAGGCAAAGGGCGACGACGCCUGGAAGGUCUACUUCGAGCCUCCUGGAGAAGAGCUCGUGGAUGAAUUCGCGAUGCGCUACGGAAUUGAGAGCAUAUAUCAAGCCAUGACGCACUUCCACUGUUUGUCAACCAAGUACCUGUGUUCAGGAGUUCCGGCAGCGAUGUCAGCGCUUCUGGCGAACAUUAACGCUUACUAUGCACACACGACUGCGUCAUCAGCUGUCUCGGCUAGCGACAGAUUCUCCGCUAGCAAUUUCGGGAAAGAAAAAUUCGUGAAACUUCUGGACCAGCUGCACAACACGCUGCGUAUUGAUCUGUCGAUGUUCAGAAACAACUUCCCAGCAUCCAGACCAGAGAAGCUGCAGGACUUGAAGAGCACGGUGGACCUGCUGACGAGCAUAACCUUCUUCCGAAUGAAGGUCCAGGAGCUGACGAGUCCACCAAGAGCUAGCACAGUGGUGAAAGACUGCGUGAAAGCUUGCUUGCGGUCGACGUACCAGUUCCUGUUCGAGCACUGCUACGAGCUGUACAACAGGGAGUUCCAGGUGGACCCGAACGAAGCUAAGCGGGAUCCUAAUGACCACGGCCCGGUCCUGGACUCCCUGGACUUCUGGCACAAGCUGAUCGCGCUGAUUGUCUCGGUGAUAGAGGAAGACAAGAACAGCUACGGUCCUGUGCUCAAUCAAUUCCCUCAAGAGCUGAACAUCGGUCAGCUGUCCGCCGCUACCAUGUGGUCACUCUUCGCAGUGGACAUGAAGUACGCCCUCGAGGAGCACGAGCAGUACCGACGGUGCAAGUCUUCCGAGUACAUGAACCUCCACUUCAGGGUGAAAUGGCUCCACGCCAACUACGUCAAGGACGUUCCACCGUACAAAGGCGCAGUUCCUGAGUACCCAGCCUGGUUCGAGCCUUUCGUUAUGCAGUGGCUCAACGAGAACGAUGACGUUUCACUCGAAUAUCUCCAUGGUGCCUUUAAUAGAGAUCAAAAGGACGGGUUCAUAAAGAGCAGCGAGCACGCCCUUUUCAGUGUAUCAGUAGUAGACGUAUUUACCCAAUUAACGCAGUGCUUCGACGUCGUUUCAAAACUGGAGUGUCCUGAUCCGGAAAUCUGGAAGAGGUAUAUGAAGAGAUUCGCCAAGACUAUUGUUAAAGUCUUGAUGUCUUACUCGGAUAUCGUAAAACGAGAGUUUCCAGGCCACCUUAAGGAUGAAAGAAUUGCGUGCAUCCUGAUGAACAACAUUCAGCAGCUGCGAGUCCAGCUGGAGAAGAUGUUCGAAUCAAUGGGAGGAGAAAAACUAGAGGAAGACGCGGCAAAUAUCCUAAAAGAACUCCAGCAACAAUUAAACACCGCGCUGGAUGAACUAGCGGUACUCUUCGCCAGGAGCUUGGAACCGAGAAUAACUGUUUCCGUCCGCGAACUCGGGGACUUGCUCUUGGCGAUAAAAGGCGGAGGGCAGGUUAACUUACAACAGGCCGCGCAGAGAGACGCGGUCGCGAUGGAAGCCGAUGAUGUCCUCAGGCCGCUUAUGGACCUUCUGGAUGGAAGUUUGUCGCUGUAUGCCCAGUCUUGCGAAAAGACGGUGCUUAAGCGGCUGCUCAAGGAACUCUGGAAGAUUGUCAUGAGAAUUCUUGAGAAAACUGUUGUGCUGCCACCUAUGACUGAUAAGAACGUCGCAUUAGACACGAUAAAGCAAUACUUCCACGCGGGAGGUAACGGCCUGAAGAAAAACUUUUUAGAGAAAUCCGCAGAGCUCCAGAGUCUGAGAUACGCCCUCAGUCUGUACACGCAGACGACGGAUACUCUCAUCAAGACCUUCGUCACCUCUCAGCUCAACCAGAUGCCCCUGAACAACGCAACAACCCUACGUCAACGUCAACGUUCCGUGAGCAGUGAUAGGGGCGACGAUGGUGAUGACGACGGAAUGGAAGGGUUAGAAGAGCCCCUUCGUCAAAGUAAACCGCCGCCUCUUAGACGUGAAAGUCGACAAGACACACUAGAUGGCGGAGCGGUAGGAGAACUGAGUCUCCAGGUGGACCUGUUUACUCAUCCUGGCACCGGGGAACAGAAGAUAACCGUCAAAGUGUCGCAAGCGAAUGAUCUGAAAUGGAACCCGCAGUCCUUCAAACCUUACGUGGAGGUUAAUUUAAUAGGACCCCAUCUAGCGGAGAAGAAACGGAAAUACGCGACUAAAUCUAAGAGCGGAACGUCGCCGAAGUUUAACGAAACUUUCCAUUUCAUGAUUGGAAACGAUCAACAACUGCUGGACUACUUAGAGCUGCACGUGUGCGUAAAAGACUACUGUUUCGCGCGACCGGAUAGCUUAGUAGGUGUCGCUGUGAUCCAGCUGAAGGACAUCGCCGAGGAAGCGUCGCGUCCUUACGUCCUAUCUCUUGGAAAACGAAUCCAGAUGGACGAAACCGGAUGGACGAUUUUGCGCAUCCUCUCCCAGCGAAACAACGACGAGGUUGCUAAAGAAUUCGUAAAACUAAAGAGCGACAUCCGCCAGGAGAACCAGCAACCUAACCCCACCUGA